AUGGCGAUAUUUCCUACCGAACGUUUGCACGAGAUUGCUAUCGGGCGAACCCAUGAUUCCAAAGACCGGUCCAAAAUUGCUUCUCUCGAGGGGCUAGUUGGUGGCUUGUCGUCUGAAGAGUUGUGCGAGGCCCGCAAAGCUUACGUAGAUCGUUACUACGUCGAUCCGGAACACCACCUCCGUAACUUCGAUGUAUUUCAAGAAUUUCCGCUACUUAGAUUGGACCCUGAUCUUCUCAUCGAAUUGCUGGGUAUUCUGAAUAAACCGGACAUUCAGAAAGACGUCACUUAUAUUGGCCAUCUUCUCAAAAAGGCAAAGAACGCGUCUUUAACUCUUCAGGAUCGGAAGGAAUACUACAGCCGGCUUCCACGCAUAGGAUUAUGGGACUCGCCCGCGCGUAAGCCGUCUAAUAACCAGAAUGUCGAUUCCUUUGAGCGGCGUUUGCGUAUUCAGGCCUGGGCAAAGACAUCUGCCGUGAACUUCGACGAGGCACUCAGGGAAAUAGAAAACGGCUUCCCUAUAGUGGCGUUCGAACUUGAUACCCCAAGGGAAAGGAAUAUUGCAGUUAUUGCAAGCUCGCACGGCGCUCAGUGGCAAGAGCUUGUCGAUUGGGCGCUUGGAGUCCUCGAUGCGGGCUAUGCCGUGCAGAUUUUCACACCAUUUGGACGUCCGCUUGCGAUCCAGCGAGACAGCAUGCUAGUCCGCGAGCCGCCCACAGAGGCUGUUGCCGUCGCUUUAGGUCUUCCAGGAGUUGGCCUUGGAGCCCCUAUUCGCUUGGAUCCUCUCCGCUUGCCGAAAAGCCGCCUCGACUAUCUACUUGGGAACGUAGUUGGGGCUGAUCGGUUCGAUGCGAAUAGGUUCGGUGCUGUUUACCUAGCAGGCGGACUUGGCUUCAAUGAGGUCGUGGCAGUCACCUCACCGAAAAGUGCCGCCGAUGAUACUCAUGCAAAUAUCGCAGCGACACCCAAUAUCGCGGUAAUGAUGGGCAGCGCAGUUGAACACCGACUUCCUAUUAUUGCCCUCUGCCACGGUCCUACCCUGUUGGCUUGUUUAGAUAUUGAUAUUGGUGGCAAACGCGAAAAACUGGUUAAAGGGGUAGAAGUGGCUGCCCUCCCUGCUCUGGAGCCCAUGGUGCAUGCGCAGGGAAAGCUGGAACCCCAAUUCAGCUUUUACACAUGGAAGACACAUGACAUUCUCGCCGAAGCUGGAGCUUUGGUUAACGAAUUGGAAGACUUGAAAGGUAUGACGGUAGUCAGAACUGGUGUUCGAGAUGGCUUGCACCUGGCCACGGGUCCUGGGCCACAGACUGCGUCGAAUUUAAUCAGCGCAACCACAUCUGCUUUGGAAAAACGUUGGGGAAUGGCUUGA